GUGGUACAGGUAUGGAAUUUUCAGCAUGCAUUACAAUAUAUUGCAUCUAAUUACCUCAUAAAUUUUAUAAGACUUUUACAAUCAAAAAAGUAAAUAAAUAAAGGGAAAAAACCAAUGCCAAAAGAACAAAGAUAAGUAAAAAUUAUGAAAAAUACAGCUUAGAGUUCACAUUUCAAACAAUGCACCACAGGAUAUGAAAUAUAAAGUUGAUGAUUCAAAGUUAUUCAAAGAUUAUUAUGAAGGUUGUAUACGCAUUGCAUUUUCAUCGAAUGAUGAUCAAUUAUUGUAUAGUGCAGGAUUACCAGAUUUAAAUUUGCCUGUGUGGUAUAUACUGUCGACAUCAGGUCAACAGAAACAACAACAACAACAACAAAAACCUGUCACAUGUUUAUCACCAGUGGAUGAACAACACGGUUAUCUAAGUAUUGAUGUCGCUUCAAGAACGCAUAUUCUUGCAACUGGUUUAGUAAAUGGUGAAGUAUGGUUAUAUAAUGUACAGAAUAUGUCUACACCAAUUCAUUGUAUCUCUAUUGGAUCAGGUAAUCAUUCUAUUCGUCUACUUUCAUUCUCAUCCACUUUACGAGCUGAUCUAAAUGACGUAGGCUUUAUUAAUAAUAAUAAUAAUAAUACAUUAUGCAAUUUAUCAACUUCUCAAAUAACCAAUAAAAAUUCUUACAGUACAUCAAUGAAUAGUACUCACCUAACAUGUAGUAAUAGCCAAAUUCGUCAACCUUUAAGCGAAUUAACUAAUACAAUACAACAAAAACAACGGGAAAAACAGAACAGACUAAAUCACUAA